AUGGAGCGCAAUGCCGAUAGGUUGACAAGGAAAGGUAAGCCAUCAAGAUUCAUUGCUCGCUGGUGCCCUCCGCUAACCCGCUUCCUGCUCGCUCGUCGCAGUCGGUCCUUUGUUCAUCACCGUGGCGCUCAUCAUCAUCAUCAUCUGCGGGUGGACAUUCUUCGAGGUAGGCGCCGUUUUAUAGGCACAACAGAAGACUCUGUAAUCUGAUACCCAUCGAAAUGGGCGUUCUGCAGGUAGUUCAUCCCAGCAAAUUCCGUGGACCGAACGUCUCUUGGCCGAGCUUCCUGCUCGGCACCUUUCUGUUGCCUUAUCUCGUCGUCAUGGUGUGUUUCCAUGUGAGCGUCACUUUCUGCACCUGAAUUGAUACAACGAGGGAGAUUGGACGCGAACUCUUUUUCCAACAGUACUAUCAAGCCAUCACCGUCCCCCUGGAACCCCUUUCGAUCCUCAGGGAGCAAACCUUGUCGAUUCGAGACCUCUGCUCGCUUGGCUCGAAUGCACCCCUCUAGCAUUCCUUGUCCGGUCUCAAAAAUUGACCAGGACAAAUGAACAUACCACAAAAGCGGUCAGGGAGAUCAAUCUCGCUAGGGAACGCGCUGCGACUACGAGGAAGGUCGAUCGGACCGGCGAUCACACGGAGACGGAGGAGCCAGGCCCUAUGCCGCAUGAAGGCCAUCGGGGUGCAGUAGCGAGAGUGUGCAGGAAAUGUCCUUUGAGGGAGGACGGGCACCGGCCGAUCAAACCAGGUAAGCUGCCGUGUACACUCUUAUGAUGGAGAGGCCUAGAGGCUGACACCUCCGAGGUCCCGUUGAAACCUCAACAGAGCGGACUCACCACUGCUCCGUGUGCCAAACGUGCAUCCUGUGUUAUGACCAUCACUGUCCUUGGAUCAAUAGUAAGUAUCAAUCUAAUUGGACUAUUGAAACUCAAAUGACGAGUGAAUUUCUCUGGCGGUAGAUUGCGUCGGCCUCAACAAUCAGCGCUACUUCGUUCUCUUCCUGUGCAAUGUCUCCGCUACGUGCGCGUUCAUGUCGUACCACAGCUGGGGCUCAAUGUGGAUGGCAAUUGCUUCUAUGGAAUUGGUUAGUUGGUUGGAGCAUCCGCUUUUCGAAACCCUUGGCAAAUGUAGGACUUACAAUAGACGGACCGUUGCGAUAAACAGGAUUGGCCUUAUUGGGCGCCGACUUACUUUGUGCUGCUGCUGUGGAUCAUGACCCUCGUCCUCGCCCUGGCGCUGACCGUCAUGACGGCAUUGUGCGUUCAUCAAUCGCCGCUUUGCUUUUAAAAUUAGGCAGCUGACAAGUCUUGCGAUCCGUGGCGCAGUCAAUUCUGGCAGGUCAUGAUUGCCGAAACGACGGUCGAAUCGUACGACCACGAGCAUUACGCCACCAUUAUGGCCGCCCGCGGUCGAAAGUUUCUCAACCCUUACAACCUAGGAUGGAAGCGCAACUUGCAGGUCUUUUUCAAUCUUCGACCCGAGGGACGAUAUCAUUGGUUGACUGUUCUCUUGCCGAUACCGAUCGGCCCGAAUGGGGAUGGAUGGAGUUGGAAAAAGAGAAAGGGUUGGAGAGAAGGAGCUAUAGCUAUGGAUGAGGAAUUGACGGAUGGGGGAGAAACUUCGGACGGGGAGGAAGUUCGGUAG